AUGCAUUUCUCCCGCCUCGCACCAGCUGUGGCUGGCCUUGUCGGUGCCGCUCAUGCGCAUUUCCCGGGCUCGAUCGGUGGUGUCGGCCAGUCUCCCGCUACUUUUGACUGCGGCUCCAGCUGGGACAACGAGGUCCUUUUCGACGGCAUCGUCGCCGCCGAGACUGAGACAGAUGCGGCCAUCUCCUUCGGACUGAACCUCAAGGAGGCUCAACUCGAGGGUGACAUUUCCAUUCAGGCCCUGGAGGACUUUGCCAAGGACUCCACGCUUCGCCUCGACCUCGCUGGUGUCAAGGCGUACUUUGAGCUCGACCUCUCGGCUUCCGCUGCCGUGUACCAGACCGUGGAGCUUGUCGCCUCCCCCGAGCUGUCCGUCGAUGCUGGCCUUCUCGAGCUUGAGCUCAGAGCUGCCUUUGCCCUCGAUCUGAUUGUCGGCGUCAACGCUGCUGUCGACUUGUCUGCUGGCUUUUACGUUUCAUUCCAAGAGGGCGACUACCUCGACAUCUGUGUCCUCACCAAGGAGGUGGUCAACACCAACCUCGAGGGUCUGCUGACAAAGGCCCUGCCCGUCGGCGUUGGCGCUGACGUUGACCUGUCUGCUGAGAUUGAGGUGCAGCUCGGCCUCCGCCUCCGUUCGCACAUUGCCGUGGGCGCUGAUGUCGAUCUGCUCGGUCUCGAUGUCCUCGAGGCCGGUGCCGAGAUUGCCAUCUGGGCUGACCUCCUGUCGCACACCAUUACUCUCGUCGAGACCAGCGACUGCCUCGUCUCCGUCACCAAUGACUUUGUCCUCAGUCUCGGCGUUGGUGUCGACGUCUACGCUUCCGUUCUCGACAUCCUCGACAUCAGCCUUGCCCCCGAGGUGACCGUCAUUCUGGCCAAGAACCUCGGACUGGAGAUCUGCCGCGAAGACCGUGGCACUGUUGGUGAAUUCCUGCGCCCUGCUGUCGAGGACGACCUGACCGAAGCUCCUGCUGUCGAAGACGACCUGGCUGAAGCUACAGCUACACCCUCUGCCCCUGGCUCUGAUUCUGACUUUGCCUUUGGCUCUGGCUCGGCCUCCAUCUCUGGCUCUGGCUCUGGCUCUGCCCCGGCCUCCGUCACUGGCUCUGCCACGGCUUCUGUCAACGCCACCAUCACCAGCAAUGGUCUCGUCACCAGCACCGCCACCACCACCAAGGUGUACACAAUCACCAGCUGCCACGCCUCGGUGCCCAACUGCCCUGCCUCCGAGACCCAGAAGAUCGUCACCUCGACCAUCAUUUCCUCCGUCACCGUUUGCCCUGCUACGCAGACGGCCGAGCCUACUACCUCGUCCAAGACCAAGAAGCCUGUCCACACCAUCAACGAGACUCUGACGACUAUCGUUCCUUGCAAGCCCACCACCAGCACCUACACGCCCCCCAAGGACCACACGACACCAAUCGCGCCCACUGUUACCAUCACUGACUCCAAGACUGUCUGCCCCGUCGAGACCGGCACGGUUGACAUGCCUGAGCCUACCGGCGUUCCCUCUGUCCCUGCCCCUGCCCCUACCGGCCCUACCGGCCCCGUUGAGAGCCCGACCUCGCACGUUCCUGUUCCCACCACACCCAACAACCCCGAGGUCCCCGAGGCUCCUACCAGCAAGGUCCCUGAGGCCCCUACCACUGAAGCUCCCGAAGUUCCUACUGAGAUCCCCGAGGUUCCCACCACUGAGAUUCCUCAGACCUGGAUCCAGCCUGCCCCGAACAGCACCUGGACCAGCGUGACCGCCCCUCACGCCUCUACUACCUGGGCUCCUCCCCCUGCUGUCACACCCACUCAGCCUCCCGCUGGUGCGGCUGGCUCGGUCAAGGUCGGAAUGGCUCUGGCCAUGCCUGCCCUAGUUGCUCUGCUGUUUUAA